AUGUCUGAAUACCAUAUCAACGGCCAUUUCUAUGAACCGUCGGCCAUAUAUGAUCUUCAGAGGGUCUCUACUUUCUGGGAGCAAUUGGUCAUGGACUUAACCAGUUCUGGUUUUAAUAAUGCUAUUGGGCUUAACAACUCAACCGGAUCUAGGUGUGGUUGUUACGAUGGCGAAGGCUACAAGUUUUCCUCGGACUUACAAGACCCAUCGCCGUGCUUGGUGAGCGGUGUUUUCGCGUCGCUGGUUUCGCUUGUUUUCGUCAUCGGAGGACUCGUUCAAGUGCAUAAGCUCAGGAAAACUAGAAAUGUCAAUUCCAAAGUAGAGUGGUGGUUUGUGCUCAAGCUGUCUUUGAUUGCCGUUCAAAUAGUGUUUCAGCUGACACUGGCAACCUUAGCCGUUAGAAUGUCUCCUUCACCAUUGUCCGACGUGCUAGUUUUGUCUUCGGGGUUGAAUUUUAUCGCUUUGGGUGUUGCAUUCGCUCUUUCAUAUAUUGAGAAUUUCAAGACGUUUGUGUCAGAGGCCGCACUCAUAAUAUACUGGCUAUUGUACCUGUUCAUCGGCUUCUUGAAAAUUGUCAAUCUUGGCCUGAGAAAUGACAAAUCUUCGAGACUUCCAAUCACCGUUCUCAGUACGGUCAACAACUUGAUACUUUUGGUGAUCGAAAUUUAUUUUGCACCAAAAGCCCCAGUUGACCCCACCCAGACUGAGAAUCUUUACGAUUCCGCCAACAUCUUCGGCAAGGUGACGUUCACCUGGUUGACUCCGUUGAUGCAAAAAGGCUCCAUUAAAUAUUUGACACAGUUUGACCUCCCUGCUCUGCCUUCCUUCCUGAAAAGUGACCAUCUUUCUGGAGUACUUGAAUCUCAUUGGGCAAAGCAACUCCGGUCUAAAAAGCCAAGUCUGGCGAUUGCGUUGGCAAAGUCAUUUGGUGGUCCGUUUUUGGUGGCUGCGUUGUUCAAAGUCGUCCAGGACUGUUGUGCCUUUAUUCAGCCACAAUUGCUAAAGCAGCUGAUUAGAUUUGUCAAUGAAUACCACGAAGACCCUACAAUCCCUUUGACUAAGGGAUUCAUGAUUGUGGCCUCUAUGUUCAUACUUUCGGUUUUGCAAACCGCCUCGUUGCAUCAAUACUUUACCCGCGUUUUCGACACCGGUAUUAAGGUCAAGUCCUCGCUCACCUCUCUGAUCUAUAAAAAGUCGCUUGUGCUUUCCAUUGAAGCCAAACAGAAAAAGUCCUCGGGAGACAUUGUUAACCUGAUGUCUGUGGAUACCCAAAGAUUGCAGGAUCUUUGUCAAAACUUGAACGUUAUCUGGUCUGGACCUUUCCAGAUCAUUUUGUGUUUGAUUUCGCUCUACAACUUGCUCGGAAACGCCAUGUGGCUGGGAGUUUUGUUCCUCUGUAUUUCUGUUCCUAUGAACACCUGGGUCUUUGGGCAACAGAAGAAAUUGCAGAAAACUCAGAUGAAAGUGAAAGACGAGAGAACCGGACUUAUUUCUGAGAUGCUCAAUAACAUCAAGUCGCUCAAGCUUUACGCCUGGGAAAUCCCAUACAAGAAAAAACUGAUGUAUGUUAGAAACAACAAGGAAUUGUCCAAUUUGAGAAAAAUCGGUAUUUUCCAGGCAUGCAGUCAGUUCAUCUUCAACACCACGCCGUAUUUGGUGAGUACUUCUACCUUUGCCCUAUUCAUCGUUGCCUACAAGGGAGUUCCUUUGAGCACGGACAUUGUUUUCACUGCUCUUUCUUUGUUCAACUUGCUCGGCUUUCCUCUUGCUGUGCUUCCAUGGACCAUUGGUAACAUCAUUGAGGCUCAAGUGGCCAUCUCCAGAAUUACUGGCUUCCUCGAAAGUGACGAACUGGACACUUCUACGGUGACAAGAUUGCCAGCACCCACAGAAAUUGGCCAAGACGUCGUGAACAUUGUAAACGCAGAUUUCCUGUGGUCCAAGGACCCUUAUAAGGCUGCUCUGGAAAACAUUAAUUUCACGGCAAAGAAAGGUCAGCUCAACUGUAUAAUUGGCCGUGUUGGUGCAGGUAAGACUGCGUUGUUGCAAUCCUUGCUGGGAGACUUGCACAAGCCAACAGGAACCGUGAUUGUUCGCGGAUCCGUUGCGUACGUUCCGCAAACCGCAUGGAUUAUGAAUGGAACCAUUAAGGAAAAUAUUCUGUUUGGUUGCAAGUACGAUCCAGACUUCUAUGAUAAAACAAUCAAAGCCUGUGCCCUGACGCACGACUUAAACGUUCUUACGGACGGAGAUGCAACCCAGGUGGGUGAAAAGGGUAUUAGUUUGUCUGGAGGACAAAAAGCCAGACUUUCACUGGCUAGAGCCGUCUAUGCCAGAGCGGACUUGUAUUUGUUGGACGAUAUUCUCAGUGCCGUUGACGAGCAUGUCGGAAAGCAUCUGAUUAACAACGUUCUUGGUCCAGACGGCCUUUUAAGCACCAAGUGUCGUAUUCUUGCUACGAACAAUUUGAACGUGCUCAAGUUCUCAGACCACAUCAGCUUGCUUCAAAACGGAAAAAUAACGGAAAGUGGCCAUUACGACGACAUUAUUUCUGCUCAAAAGUCUGAGCUUUACAACGUGAUCAACGACUCUGGUGCUAAAAAGAAGGACGACGAAGUUUCUGAAGAUGUCUCCGAAACCGUGAUCGAUAAAGAGAGCUCAGAGGAUACUCAAUCUGUUUCCAGUGAGUUAGAUGAGGAUAUUAAGAAGUGUGCAUCUAAAGAUCUUCCAAAAGCAGAGCUUGAAGAUUUCAAAGCAGUCGUCUCGCGUAAAAACGAGACCCUGACUGGCAGAGAGGAGAAGCAUGAACAGGGUAAAGUCAAGACGGCCAUUUAUCGUGCUUAUGCCAAAGCGUGUGGUGUGAAAAACGUCAUUUUCUUCCUCGUCACAGUGAUCCUUUCAAUGGGUGCCUCUGUUCUUGCUAAUAUCUGGUUGAAACACUGGUCUGACAUCAACACUAGACUGGGCUACAAUCCGCAGCCUUGGAAGUAUCUGGGAACCUACUUUGGGCUCUGUGUCGCCAGUACUUUUUUCCUGUUAUGUCAGACACUGGUGCAGUGGCUUGCAGUGUCGAUUCAGGGAUCCAAGUAUUUGCACCAGAUCAUGCUGGACGGAGUUCUUAGAGCUCCUAUGCAGUUUUUCGAAACCACUCCAAUUGGAAGAAUUUUGAACAGGUUCUCUCCAGAUAUAUACAAGAUCGACGAGCAACUUGCAAGGGUGUUUGCCAUGUUCUUCACCAACAGUAUCAAGGUCACCUUCACCAUGCUGGUGAUCAUCUACUCCACCUGGCAAUUUGUGUUUUUAGUGGUUCCUUUGGCUGUUCUCUACAGAUUCUACCAGCUCUACUACUUAGCCACGUCGAGAGAGCUGCGUAGACUGGAUUCGGUUUCGAAAUCUCCAAUUUUUGCUCACUUCCAGGAAACACUCAGUGGAGUGGCUACAGUUAGAGCCUAUGACCAACUAGAGCGGUUCAUGUACAUGAACCAGCAGAAGAUGGACGUGAAUAUGAGCGCGUACCAUCCUUCUGUUAGUGCCAACAGAUGGCUUGCUGUCAGAUUGGAGUUUUUGGGUUCGUUGAUUAUUCUUGGUGCCUCGAGUUUGCUUGUCGCGACUCUCAGAUCUGGCCGUGUUACUCCUGGUCUUGUGGGUUUGUCCAUUUCGUAUGCCUUGCAGACCACGCAGUCGCUCAACUGGAUUGUCAGAAUGACCGUGGAAAUCGAAACUAACAUCGUUUCCGUCGAAAGAGUGCUUGAAUACGCUGCGUUGGAGCCAGAAGCUCCUGCCAUCAUUGAAAAUAAGAGGCCGCCUAGUCAUUGGCCAUCCAAAGGUACCAUCAACUUUAAGAACUACAGCACCAGAUACAGACCGGACCUUGACCUUGUUCUCAAGAACAUCAACCUUGCCAUCAAGGAAAAGGAGAAAAUAGGUAUUGUUGGCCGUACAGGAGCCGGUAAAUCGUCGCUGACGCUGGCGAUAUUCCGUAUCAUCGAGGCAUUCGAGGGACACAUUGAAAUCGACGACCUAAACACAAGCGAGAUUGGCCUGUUUGACCUCCGUUCCAAGCUGUCAAUUAUUCCACAGGAUUCUCAGAUUUUUGAGGGUACUCUGAGGGCCAAUAUCGAUCCUAUCGAACAGUACUCAGACGACGAGAUUUGGCAAGCCUUGGAACUCUCUCAUCUCAAAGACCAUGUGAUGGUGAUGUAUGAGGAGUCGACGAAUAAGGAGGAUAUCAAAAUGGACCCACUGCUAGUUCGGAUCAACGAGGGCGGAUCCAAUUUGUCUGCUGGUCAAAGACAAUUGAUGUGUCUUGCCAGAGCUCUGGUCAAAAAGGAGUCCAAGGUUUUGAUUUUGGACGAGGCCACUGCAAAUGUGGAUUACCAGACCGACGCCAUUGUUCAGGAGACCAUCCGUUCGGCAUUCAAAGAACGCACCAUUUUGACCAUUGCUCACCGUCUGAACACCAUCAUUGACAGCGACCGGAUCAUUGUCCUGGAAAAGGGCGAGGUGGCGGAGUUCGACACUCCCCAAAACCUGCUCAAGAAAAAGGACAGUUUGUUCUACUCGCUUUGCAAAGAAGGUGGUCUGGUGGAAUGA